CCUAGCGCGUCGCUGUCAGGGCUCGUGUUGAUCGAUCCCGCCGCGGAGCUGGCGCUAUGUAAGGCUUCUCGAUCGGCGCUGGCGGCAGUAGCAUGCAACUGGAAUGGCAGCGGCGGCGGUAGCGGCAUGCAAUGCAUGCGGCCAGUGGCCCUUCCCGGGAGGAUUGAGCGCGGCGCCGCGGCGGCGCCGCGGCAUUGAUCGGGGAAUCGCGGUAAGAAUGGCCAAGGGCGAGGAGGAGAGCUCCUCGUCGGUGCUGGAAUCCGUGGAGGAGGCGGAGUUCUCGGGGCAGCAUCCGUGGGAUCCUCACAAACCCAGCUUUAGCCGGCUUCUUCCGGAGAGGAUUCGCCCCUAUCCUUCCUUCGAGGGAUGGUACACACGGCUUGUGGAUGAGCCGAGGCAAUUCAGCGCUGGUGUGAUCAUGGCGACGAAUUACGCGACGCAGGAGAGCCAGGUUACUUUGCUCUUCAGUGAUUCAUCGCGUAGCACACACGCUGUGGCCGUGAAAACAAAGGACGCGAAGUUUAGCACGAUAGGAGAUUUGUCUGGAGCUGACAAUGACGACGAGCCCAAGGGAUUUCAGUGGGAGGCUGCAGGCAUUGGAAAAAUCGUGAUGAAGCCGAAUGAGUCCGAGGUGGAGGUCCGGCUAAAUGGUUACGACCUCAGAGUUGAGACGAGUGGCACGGUUCCAUGGGAUUCUGGCAACAGUAAAAAGGGCCCCGAAGGCUGGGCAGGGAAAGUUCCACUGUUCCCGUGCCAUUGGUACGUGCACAGCCUGGGCUCCCGAGCAAAGUACACAUUUUUCAGCAGCGACAAGAACAUGGUGGUUCACGGUGACGGGUUUGCGCACCAGGAGAAGAACUGGGGAGAAACUUUCCCUGCCGGUCAUGUGUGGCUCCAGGGAAUGUCGCGGGAUAAUUCUUCCCAGAUUGUCUGCUCGGGAGCUCGGUUCAAGCUCGGUAAACUCCUGGAGACCCCUUACGUCUUCUCACUCGGAUACCGAUCGGCCAACUGCAAAUUGGAUCUGCGCACCAACAACCUUGGAACCAUUUUCAAGGACGUGCAGCUCUCUCCCCUGGAAGCGAAGUUCGCAUUAACCGGAGUUGGUCCUUCACACACUAUCAAGAUUCUGUGCUAUGCUUCGCCGGUGUCGUUCUCGGAGCAAAUCCUUGCUCCGAUUGGAAAGCUCGAGUGGAAGCCCGCGUGCCGAGAGUCAUUCGUGGCGACGAUCGAGGUGGAAGUGUUCGAGCACGCAGUGUGGGGAGUGGCCAACGAAGAUAAGCUGGUGGACAGCCAGAUGUUUCGAUGCGCAGCUCUCGAGUUUGGCGAAGAUCUGCUCGAAGACGCGCUCCAGCAGCAAGAUCAAUCAAACCCAAACUAGAUUCUUUACUUUAAAAAGGAGAAAAGGUUCGAAAAGAUUCUUAAAGUUGGCAUAAAGGCGAGGAAUUUGCCUUUAUCCCUUGAACUAAAGAAUGAAUAUGCCUUUUAUCUCA